CUCAUGAAAUGAAAUGAUGCUAUACCUUCUGGUCAAAAUUCUCAACUGCCUGGAUGAAGCCCUGCUCCGGCCACUAGCUUAUGUUAUAAAUAAGUUCGUAACCGGCGUGUACUACUUUCUGUGGGGCAGCUACUUUCUCGGCUACUGUUUGGUGGAUGGCAGUACUCGGGCCUGGCAUCUGAUGAUAUACGCUGGCUGCGAGCUCCAACGCUAUUACAACUUGCUGUACAACAACUUCCUGGAUUUGGCGGGCUAUUUCCAGGGCGGCACACGUGGUGGACUUUUAAAAGCCCGAGAUUUUCUCCUAUCCAGUGCCUUGUUCUUUUUGGGCCUGCUCGAUGACCUGGGAAAAGUUGUACUUUGGGUGAUUCUGCUGCUACCGCGGGCAAUUAUCAUCAUAUUGGACUAUAUACUGGCCUUUGUGGUGCACUCAAUUCUGGCUCGCUGCCUGAGUUUGUUUAACAGUUUGUUUAACAGUUUGUUCCGGAUCUCGAUUGUCGUCGCGCUGCUGCUGGUUCUCUACAUGUUCCGGCGCUACGUGUACUUGCUACUCAACUACCAGUUGCAGCGGGCCCGCACAGAGAUCUCAGAGAAAACGCAGAGCGCUUAUCUGUGGACAGAACGCCAGCUAAACCGAAUAAGUCGGAGUGGUUCUAGCAAGGCCAACGAUGGAGCCCGACCAAGUAGCGGGAGCUGUGUGGUGUGCAUGGAGCGCCGAACCAACAUUGUGAUCCUGCCCUGCCGUCAUCUAUGCCUGUGCGCAGAGUGCUCAGUGCAGGUGCAAGCGUACAUGGACAUGCGGGAUCACUGUCCCAUCUGCCGAGAGUUUAUUGAUGGCUAUCUGCACGUUUAUGUAUAAAGACCUUUACAUAUUUUAUAAGUUAGUUGAAGAAUCCCACCCCUACAUAAGACUGCUAAUUCGAAUGUCAAGCUCCAAUAAAACUGGCAUAAGUUAAGAUAUGUCCAAAGAUAUAGAACGAAAGACAACACAAAAAUCCUAAAAGACUCAGGAGAACUGUCUGCAAUAAUUUUAAUAAUAAUAAAAAAUAAUUGUAAUAUUACGCACACCUAGAAUAAAACAAAAGAGCAUUUGAAUCCCAGA